AGCGACGCCGGGGGGCGGGGCUCGGGGCCGGUGGCGGCGAGCGCGGCCGGACGCGGCGGGACGCCGGGGGCCGGGGCCGGGGCCGAGCGGCGGGCGCCGGCGCCAUGGAGGAGGACGACGGCUACGUGCCCAGUGACCUGACCCCAGAGGAGCGGCAGGAGCUGGAGAACAUCCGGCGGCGGAAGCAGGAGCUGCUCGCCGACAUCCAGAGGCUGAAGGAUGAGAUUGCAGAAGUAGCCCAUGAAAUUGAGAACUUGGGGUCCACGGAAGAGAGGAAAAACAUGCAGAGGAACAAGCAGGUCGCCAUGGGCAGGAAGAAGUUCAACAUGGACCCGAAGAAGGGGAUCCAGUUCCUGAUCGAGAAUGACCUGCUGAAGAGCACCUGUGAGGACAUCGCCCAGUUCCUCUACAAGGGGGAGGGGCUCAACAAGACGGCCAUUGGCGACUACCUGGGGGAGAGAGACGCCUUCAACAUCCAGGUGCUCCACGCCUUCGUGGAACUGCACGAGUUCACAGACCUGAACCUCGUCCAGGCGCUGCGGCAGUUCCUGUGGAGCUUCCGGCUGCCAGGGGAGGCGCAGAAGAUCGACCGCAUGAUGGAGGCCUUCGCCCAGCGCUACUGCCUGUGCAACCCCGGGGUCUUCCAGUCCACGGAUACCUGCUAUGUGCUCUCCUUCGCCAUCAUCAUGCUCAACACGAGUCUGCACAACCCCAACGUAAAGGACAAGCCCACAGCUGAGAGGUUCAUCGCCAUGAACCGCGGCAUCAAUGAUGGUGGCGACCUGCCUGAGGAGCUGCUCCGGAACCUGUAUGAGAGCAUCCGGAACGAGCCCUUCAAGAUCCCCGAGGACGACGGCAACGACCUGACGCACACUUUCUUCAACCCCGACCGCGAGGGCUGGCUGCUGAAGCUGGGCGGCCGGGUGAAGACCUGGAGGCGGCGCUGGUUCAUCCUCACUGACAGCUGCCUCUACUACUUCGAGUACACCACGGACAAGGAGCCGCGCGGGAUCAUCCCCCUGGAGAACCUGAGCAUCCGUGAGGUGGAUGACUCCAAGAAGCCGAACUGUUUCGAGCUCUACAUCCCCGACAGCAAAGACCAGGUCAUCAAGGCCUGCAAGACGGAGGCCGACGGGCGGGUGGUGGAGGGCAACCACACGGUCUACCGCAUCUCGGCCCCCACCCCCGAGGAGAAGGAUGAGUGGAUGAAGUGUGUCAAGGCCGCCAUCAGCCGCGAUCCUUUCUACGAGAUGCUGGCAGCACGGAAGAAGAAGGUCUCAUCCACCAAGAGGCACUGAGCGGCCGCCCCGCG